AUGGCUACAGCUGGAAACCCGGCAAGACGUUUGGUUAGGACUGAUACACGUGAUCUGAGUGUAGUCCACUCUUACCAUGAUGAGGAGAAACAAGGACUCGUCGAGCAUCUCAACUUCCUGUUGCGCGAUGACCAAUGGCUCAAAUCAAGAAUACCCAUCAACCCAAAGUCCGACCUUAUCUUUGACUCACUCAAUGAUGGUAUCAUACUAAGCAAGAUGAUCAAUGCCAUCAAGCCAGGAACAAUUGGAGAGUCAUCAAAGAUUGGCCAGGUGAAGGUGGCAGCCAAGCUCAAUCUGUUUGAGAUGAAUGUUAACUUGGAUAUAUGUUUGAGAGCAGCCAAAGCGAUUGGUUGUCGCACGAUCAAUAUUGGUCCAGUCGAUUUCCAAGAGGGCAAGCGUCAUUUGAUCCUGGCCGUACUGUGGCAGCUGGUCAAGAUUGACCUGCUCAACAAGGUCAGCAGACUGGCAUCGCGCGUCAAAGCUGAGAUAUUGGAUCUGGGCGAGAAGGAGCGCGUCGAGGAGCUGGUUCCCGACGAGAUCUUGGUGCGAUGGGUCAAUCAUCACUUGGCCGCCGCCGGCUCAGACCGUCGCGUGUCAACAUUCUCCAGCGACAUCAAGGACUCUGUGGCAUACAUCAUCCUUCUCAACCAAUUGGCGCCCAGAUCAUGUGGCCUUGAGGCCCUAGAGGAGGCCGACCUGACACGUCGUGCCACACUCUUCCUCGAGACGGCCGAUCGCAUUAACUGCCGCAAGUUCAUCAAUACUGACGACAUUGUCAGCGGCAAUGGGAGACUCAACGUCGCCUUUGUUGCAUUCAUCUUCAACAAGUUCAAUCAGGCUGCUGAGGAGCCGCCCGUGAUCGCAUCCGAGGUGAUCAAGGGCGCAGAGCAGCGCAUCCAGGAGAACACACAGGAGAUCGCCAGCAUCGACAGCGAAAUCCGUUCGUACCAAGAGCGUCACCACGAGAGCAAGGAGCGCAUUGAGGAGAUCCGCGCACAGAUAGAGGAGCGCCGCGUAGCUGACAAGGAGUUUGAGAUCGUUGUGGAGGAGCGCAUCGUCGAGCAAAAGGUCGAGUGGGAGGGCCAACGCGACGACAAGAUAGCAAUGAUCGAGCAGCUUCAGGAGCAGCUUGCACAGCUACAGCAGCAACAGAGCGAGUCCACGCAGUUGGUCGAGGAGCUGCAACGCGAACAAGAGUUAUAUACACAGCUUCAGGACCAGCUUCAGCUGGACCAAGGUGCGCUCAGUGCCGACCAGGAGCUGAUCAAGCACGAGCUGACCGUUCUGGCGGCCGCCCGCGCCAACCAAGAGCAGAUGCAUGACGAGGCAAAGAAGGAGCUGGCCGAGGAGCAGGCAGUACUGCAAACCGAGAUCGACGCCCUCCAGAAGAAGGUGGAUGCCACUGGACUCACCUCUGUCAAGACUGAGCUCGCAGAGGUGCGCGCUCAGACACAGCAGCUGGAGACAUCGAUCGUUCAUCUCAAGACCGAGGAGAAGCAACUCACUAUGGCAUUGGGUGAUGCGCGUGAGGACAAGCAGCGCAUUGCAAGUGCCAAGAAGAAGAUCCAGGAUCAGCUCUCACAGGCCAAGGACAGCACAGAUCGCGUGGUCAGGACGCGCGUCGAGACCGAGCGUGUGAUUGACAAGGCGACCAAACAGGUGAAGGACAUGCGCUACGAGGUCGACCGCAUCAAGAACGACCGCGUGUACGUACAGCGCCAGACCGAGGUGAUACGCGUGGAGACGGGCGAGAUCGAGGAGCAGCUGGAAGACCUGCAUGUCGAGAAGAAGAGGCUGGCGACAAAGCGUGUGGAGAUCACCGAGGAGUUGCUGGAGCGCGAGGUCGAGUUGGAGGAGGUGAUCUCUGAGAAGACAGAACGCGUCGACACCAAGAAGAAGGAGAUCCGUGAGGCAGUCGACAAGAUGAAGCGUGUGUUUGUCACAGAGAAGACCGAGCUGUAUGAAGAGCGCACCAUAGUCAAAGAGCAGAUGGUGCAGGCACAGACAGACCUGCUACGCGAAGCCUACGCCACAGAAUCAGUGAAACGCGAGGCCGAGUUGCUGGAACAGAACAACAGAUCAUAUCGCCUGGACAUACGCAUGGAGAGCAUCGAGACACAGGUGCUUGAAGAGAAGAUUGAGCGAUUGGAGCGUGAGAAGUCCAAGACAGAGGGCGCCAUCGCCGAGGAGCGUGCGGCUAAUCGCCAGCUGGAAGAGGCCACCACCGACCUGAUCGAUCAGAAGACCGAGCUAAGACAACACCUGAACAAACAGAGCGAAGAGACCCAGCGCCUCGAGAAUGACGCGCACCACAUUGCCACCGAGAUUGACGUUAUCGCGGACGAGCUCGAUGGUAACCACUCGGUCGAGCGACGUUUGCAGCUGGGUGCGAUCGACGAUGAGGCAGACCUCGAGACCAAGAUGAGCGAGCUCAAGGACGAGAAGCACAGACUGAAGACCUUCCAGCAGGAGAAGGAGGACCUACAACGCCAGGAGAUCGAACGCAUUGACUCACAGUAUGAGCGUGAGAUCCUUCGUCUGCAGACCCUUGAGGAGAUGCGCAAGAAGGAGUUGAUCGACGUCACCGACCAGGUUGAGACGAUGGAUAUCAAACAGCAGCGACUGGAGGAGCGACUUGAGCGCACAAAGCGAGAGCUGAUUGGCAAGGCCGAGCGUGUCGAGGUGGCCGCUCGCGAAAAAAAUCGCAGCGAGGAGAAGAAGAAGCAGCUGGAGAACCAGCUGUCCAAAGCAAUGGAGCUGCUCGACUCGGGCAAGAAGAACAAGGACGAUGCCGACAAGGACUAUCAGCUGACGGCCAUGCGUCUGAAGAAGCUGAAGGAUGCCAACACGGCCAAGGCCAAACUGGAAGCCGAGGCCAAGAAGAAGAGUCUGGAGGAGAAGAUGCAGCUCACCAAGAAGGAGAUGACUGAGAAGGAGCUCGAGGCCAAACAGCUCAAGGAGGAAGUCGAUCGCAAGGCCAAGCUGGAGCUGGCGCGUCUGAAAGCAGAGCUUCUUAAGGACUCGGACAAGCAGUUGGAGAAGAUUGAGCGCGAGUUUUUGGACAAGGAAGCCGAGGUGCUCAAGAAGCGCGAGGCACAGAUCAACAGAUUGAAUACAAACAACGAGAAGAUUCACAAGGAGAUGGAGCGAGUGGCCGAGCGCAAGGAGAAGGAGCGCGAGGAGGAGCGUCUGAUCCAGGAGAAGCUGAAGAGACAGAAGGAUAGGAAGGCCAAACGCGACGAGAAGCUUCACAAGCCCGAUGUUGACCUGGUGGUCGUUGAUAAUGCCGCCGUAGCCAACAGCAUGUCAGUGGUGGUGGAGUUGGAUGGUGCAAAUAUCCAUCCAGAUCAUCAUGAUGAUUAG